AUGGGUUUUCCUAUAUUCUCUUCAAUUGUACUAUUUACAUUACUUUUGGGUCCUUAUUUUGUAAUAAACUCAUAUACAUCGCUAAAUGAUGCUGUAGGCACAUCGCCACUUUUGGUUGCAUCUAUACUACAUUGUGUAGCAUAUAACUUUACCAGAGCUUUAGUUUUGGCUUCUAUACCAGUCUUGAAGCCACAAAUAGUUCAUUAUUUCAAUAUAGUAACUCGUUCAAUCUCACUAAUAUUUAUAUGGAAUUUAAUAACAGGGAAAGUAGCCAAACAAUAUGAAGUAGAUACUCGCUUAAAAUUUUCAGCAUUAGUAUGGAGUGCGACAAGUGCUUGUUUAUCUUAUUUUAUUCCUCUGGCAUUUGACAAAUCUUUAUUAGCUGAAUUCUCAAUGAAAUAUAUUUAUAAAAUAUUAUUGUCUUAUGGAGCAUCUUUCUCUGUACUAUCUAGUAUAUAUGGAACUUAUAUGUUUACUAAAACAAAUUAUUUUAAAAGAAAAAAGGCCAUAUGUUUGUCUUUACUAAGUAGUUGUGGUAUUCAAUUAAUUUCGAAUGUUAUAAUGGAUUUGAUAGGUCCUUAUUAUAUAUCAGUGCUAUUAAACUUACUCUUGCAGAUCAUUCUUGCAAGGAUUAUACUUCAUAAGGUAAAUUCUAAUAAAGUCCAACAGAACAAUGAAAAAGAGAAACUUAAGAAGAAGAAGUAA